AUGUCUCACACGACCAAUCUCGUCGCAGCAGCUGCAGCAGUCACAACCGUCCUCAUCCUCAUCGGGGCAGCCCCGGCCGAGGGGCAGCACCUCACCCGCGUCAGGCUAUGUGGUCUCGAGUUCGCCAGGGCUGUCUACAACCACUGCUCACGGGCCAGCAAGCGUUCCGGUCCAGGCACCCUCGGUGAAACACCAUUGGCUGACAGAUAUUUAGCACGUGACACCGGAUAUGAUCAAGUACAAGACACACCCUUUGAAUGGUACGACCUCGCAGGACAAGCAGAGGAACGGCUGCGUCCAAGUCUAUCCGAUAUCAUUUUUGCUCCACGGUAUAGGCGAUCGCUUUUCGCUCGUCCAAAUACUCCGAUGGGUCGGCAUUGCUGUGUGACCGGUUGUACGUCUCAAGAACUUGCAUCGGUUUGCUGA